ACUCAAUAGGCCCAAAGGACACGCCCAGGGCUCAGUUGCUUGAGGUCAGUAGUGCGAUUCAGAAGAUGGAGAACCAUCUCUCUCUUCUGAAAAGCAUUAGCGCCACAUGGCUGAGCUCCAGAUCCACUGCCUGGGUGAUGGAUAUUAUCCUGGGCCUUCUGUGCGGACUGGGGCUCUUCCUCCUCUUAUUCCCCUGCCUCCAGAAUAAUCCACCCUCACCACCACCUGGGCAGAAAAGAAAUAUCAGGAAGCAUUCCGUGGGGAGGAGGGAGAGGCCCAGGAGCAGGAAGAACUGCUGUGCUCUUAAAGCUUGUAGAGAUUGCCUGAGGGAACUGGAGGGGGCUCGAGACCUGACUUCACUUCUGCAGAGCCACCUGGGGAAGCUCCCUGACAAUGGGGGCUUUCAACAGCUCUCAUGUCCAGACCCCCCAGGGGAGGUGUGUACAUCAGCGCCUGCCAGAGCCCACCAGCCUUGUGGGGAGCAUGUGGAAGAUGCUUCUCCCACCACCUCAUCCCCAUUGGCUUCCCCAGCUCCCAUGGCCAAACACCCUCUGCCUCUGGCCUCCACCCUGUCAGUAGAACCUCAAGGAGACCAGUGUGACUCGAAGAGCGUCCCCCUGGGCACUGUCCCAGACAGCUCACCUCCAGGUUACUCUUGUUUGGCACCUCCUGUUUUGGCCACUUCAGGCCUUGAAUGCAUCAUUUUGUUCCUCUCCUGGUGGUGGGCGACUGCCAAAGCCCUGUUCCUCGCCAUCUCACACCACAGAAAAUCCCAGCAGGAGCCAUUUUUCCACCAUCCACCAGAGGCUUCAUUCUGGGGAGACCCCACACUCAGGCAGACAAAGGCUGGUGGCCCUCCUUUCCUCCACCCAAACGUCAGGAAGCUCCUGGAGAUGCUCAUCACCAAGAGAGCAGAGCUGAAGCUGUGGGAGGAGAAAGAAAAGGAAGGGUCAUUUCUGAAACAAAUGAGCCCAGACAACCCCCAGGGUUCUCUGGGGAAUAUGUUAAAAUCACCAAGUGGGGAGCAGGAUACCAUAAGCCCACACCCUUUCUGGAACAUGAGAGACAAAGCACAGCAGCUGCCUGGUCCUCAGCAGCUCCCCCAUCCCAAGGCCGUGGGGGACAAUUUACAGCAGAAAUGCAGCCAGCUGUUCUGGGGCCUCCCCUCUCUGCACAGCGAGUCCCUGGUGGCUACUGCCUGGGUUUCUAGGAAGUCUUCCUCAAAACCACAUCUCUCUGUUUCAUUCAAUUCAGCUCGCACUUGGGCUGAAGCACCUUCACAGGCUCCUCAGGCCCAGCCCCAGCCCUGGCCACACCACAUGGCCCAGCCCCAGCCCUGGCCCCACCACGUGGCCCAGCCCCAGCCCUGGCCCCACCACGUGGCCCAGCCCCAGCCCUGGCCGCACCACGUGGCCCAGCCCCAGCCCUGGCCGCACCACGUGGCCCAGCCCCAGUCCUGGCCCCACCACGUGGCCCAACCCCAGCCUUUGACUCAAACCUUGCCCCAGCCCCAGCCCCAGCCCCAGCCCCAGCCCCAACCCCCACCUCUGGAGGAGGUCCAUGCCCAGGCCUAUCCCCCACACUCUCCCCCAGACAUACCAUAUUUCUUUCCACCCCAUGGUAAAGAGGAUCUUACAGAGGGCUAUAGAACAACAUGUCCUACAUCCCAGAGGAAGGCAGAAUUCCUCAUCCCAACUGAAAGUGACCAUCUGGAAUGGCCCUUGCAGAAGCAACUGAGAUGGAAGAAGAUUUUACCCUCUCUGCUCAAAACUGCUCAGGAAGCCUUUAGCCAACCCACCUCUGACCUUCCUCAGGAUAGCCAGGCCUCCCAGAGCCACACAUCAGCCUCCACCCUUCCUGGGGCUUUCAUUAGCCCUGAGCACCAGGAGCAGCAGGAGCAACAUACUCCGAGGAGUUUUGGCCCAGGUGAACACCAGUCAGGCCCUCCUUGGAGAGCCCAAGCAUCUGAGGAACUGAUGCAACCUCAGGGUGAAUUCCCAGAGAGGGGUCACUUCCAGCCUCAUGUGUUUGUAGCAGAUGAAAGAAGCAAGAAUGUACAGAAGAUGGGGUCCAGAUGGUCUGAAAGAUUCCCUUGGAAAGGCCCCAGGAGGGUCAAAGAAGACAAGCAUCCAAGCGGGGACCUAAGGCAAGAUCUGGAGAGGGGCCCAAAAGAUCCAUGCACAGGUUCAAUAAACACCUCAGUGAAGGUUCUAGAGGAUGAGGAGUCAGAUGCUGACUGGAUUAGGCUCCAGAAGUAUAAAUCAGGAAAUUACCUACUCAGGGGCCAAGGGAAGCAGCCUGUUGAAAAAUUCCUGAAUCUCCAUUUGGACCGGAAGCUGGAGGAGAUCAAUGCGGGCAUGAUCCCUGUGCAAGCGCGUCAGUCCUGGCGUACUGCCAGCCGUGCUAUUCCUGAGUCUGGCACCCAAAAAAAGCCCAGAAAUCUAGCACCCUGGUUAGGUCAGAAAUGCCAUGUGAACACCUCCCAGGAGCUUUUCUUCCUUGAUCCAUGCACUCAACAGAUACUAGAAGCACAUAUUAAAAGGUUUCGGGUGAGGCAUAGGUGGGAUUCAAACCUCCAGCUCCUGAAGCCCAUAAAUCUCAAGGCUCAAUCCCCACCUUUUGCACACUCCACCCUUCCCUCCUGGGAGAUUGGUGAAUUUGGGGAUGACUCCAUUGCCGAGGUUGCCAAUUUCCUAGGAGAACAUCAUUGGAAAGGCCCAGGAGAGAAGGUGAUAACAAGAAAACAGUCAAUCCUCACUCUGACUGGUUUUCUCUCUGCCCCCUCUCCUGUGAGUCAGGACAUCCAAAGAGACCUGCGAGGCAUCCAGUCUGGGGAAAACCGUGAGCACUCAGAGGCCCCUCCGACUGGACAGGAGGGCAGGUGGUCUUCUCAGUCCCUCACAUGCAGCCUUGAGAGUAGAACGUGGCAGAGCACUACCUUCCUGGGGGCCAGAACAGGCCGCCCAGAGCUUAGUCCAAGUCCAGCAAUGGCCAGGCAUGAGCCAUGGGAGGAGAAGGAGAGUGUGGCCUCAGGAGACCCCUGCAGUAGCACAGCAAUGCUGGAGCUCAGAGGAAAGUCCCUGUCUUCAGGGGUUGAGGAGUCCAUGGAGCCAGUGGAGGCUGAGAAGGAGAAGACCCCUGGUUGGAAAGUCACCUUUGGAGCCAGUAUGAUGGCAAACUCCCAAACUGCUGUGAAUCUCAGUUCAGGGUUUCUGGGGACCAGUAAAAUCUCCCCACUCUCUAGAAUUUCUGGUACCGAGGAUCCAGGAGAGCUACACAUGAAAGCAAAGGUUGUGAGUAAAUUUGAGUUUAAAGUGGAGGUAGAGACAGAGAACCAGCUUCAAGGCCCUGCCACUGGUGUCCUCCUCCAAGACUGUGGCACUGGCCUUUGCUUUCGAGGCCAUCACACCAACAUUCCCCCCCCCACAGACAUGUUGUCUCCCCAGGCCUCUCUGUCCAAUUCCCAGGCCUUUCUGUCUGAUUCCCAGGCCUGCCUCUCCGAUUCCCAGGCCCAUCUGUCGGAUUCCCAGGCCUCUCUGUCUGGUUCCCAGAGAAUGUCCAGUAAGGACACGUCAGUUUCUCAGGGGCUUCGGGACCCCACAUGGAAGGAAGGCAGCAGCCAGGGGCAGCAGGAACCCAGGAGCCCAAAAGGCGAGGCCCUGCGGAAGAGUCAGAGCAACAUGUUUGGCCCCACCGACGAGAGAGAGCUCCAUAGGAUGCCUAAACCAAGGGAGCAGAAACAAAGGUUUGUAGGACCAAGGACCUUCCAAGCCAGUGGGAUGAGCCACCCUGCCCAGGUCAGGGAAACAGGAAAAACUCUUGGGAGCAAAUACUCUCAGUUCCUGGGAAGGAGGGUACAGGCACCUGGGGAAAGCCGCCCCAGGAAAAUGAUCAGUCAUGGCCUGUGGUGUCUUGACCCCAGUGAAAAAGGCAGAGGACAGGAAGAUGCCCUACAGAAAGGCAAGCAUGCAUCUGCUGCAGCCUGGAGCCCGCGGCCAACCGCAAGAGUACUAUCCAGCAGUGCUCCUGAAGUCCGAGCAAUUGUUAAACUUGUUGGACAGAUCCUAGUGGACAAAUUGGGGCUUCGGAAAGGACGUGGUCCCUCUGAGUUCAAUUACCCCUUGAAGGAUCUCCAGGCCCCGGUGGAUGGGAAUUCCUGCUACCCCACGGGCCCCUACCACCCAGAACAAAGGAGAGAAAUGACAGAUAAGGCUUGCAGCCACCUCACCACCCCCACACCACCACAGCCAUCCUGUCAAGAACAAGUAGGUCCAACACAGGGACAGCAGGGCCUCCCAGCCCAAGGAGCCUGUGGCCCCAGUGAGUCCCUGCCAGCAUAGGCAAGGGUGGCAAGAGCCUCAGACCACUUUCACUAUUAGCCAACAUGCUUGUCUGGUUGACCAGAUCAUGCUUCUUAUGCCUUCCCUGGUGGGAAAAGUUUUCUAGAAAACAAUUGGGGAUAUGCAGAGAAAACCUGUUUUGUCUCACAUUAGCACUUCUCCUAUAUGCUAAUAGCUUCUUCCUACCAAGACAUGCAAUGCUUCCUAAUAGAUGUGUUUUUCCUCAUCA